GGGUGCAGUGCAGGGUGAGUGCGCACUAGAGCUUUUAACGAAAUGCCCCAACAACCUGCGAUUUGUAGGCACCCCGAACAACCCCCGGAGUCUUUCCCCCAACACCGUCUCACUCCGCCCCAGAAUGUAGGGACGGUCCAUCUUCAGUUUCACCUGAAACCGACGCGAUGCGUUCUGGUUUUCUGCAGAGCUGCAGGCACUGAGCAGAAUGCAGACAGGUUCCCUGCAGUCAAGUAUUUCUCUGCAAUGAGACGGGGAAAUUGCAGCCUCGUCUCUGUGUGUGUGUGUGUGUGUGUGUUGUGUCCCAUUUUCUGUUGAAUUCGAAGCUCCGGCCGUGUUGCGUUAAUCCGGCUCUGAAAUCCAUCACACCCGGGAGCCAGGAGUGAAGGGGCGGCCUGUCAACCGGCAGCGCUCGGCUGCACUCAGAGACCGCUGACAGGUGACUGUCACAGAGUGGGCUGCAGAAUGUCAUCUAGACCGACGCUGCCACAAAAGGCCAUGAAUCCACCCCACGGCUGGGAGCCUUCGGUCCGUGUGUGGGCGCGUGCACGAGCAUUGCGCGUACUCGCGCCGGUGCGGGAUUGUGCCCGCGCCUGGAUGUUGCGGGAAGAAGUGACUUCGGUAGGGCAAGAGCAGGGUGGAGCAGUUCUGCAGUUUGAUGCCUGGGAUACAACUUCACUCCUUCUGCUGCAUCCUACAUGGGUCAAAAAGAUUGGCUUAACUCUCCCCAGCACGCUGGUAACCGCACCGAAGAACAAGGGGGCAAGAAGCAGGGGACCUGCUUCAAGUUAUCCCCGGUGGUGAAGACGCCCCCACCUCUGCUGGGAUUUUCAGGGGUGUGCUCCCUGCAGGAGGUUUGAGGGGCUGUGGUGUGCAAAUACCUUCGGCUGGUGAAGGGAUUGGGGCAGUGGGGGCGGAAGAGGUUUCAAAAACACGGUAGCACCACGGUAAAGGAGAGACGUCCCUGGGGCUGCAGGAGUGGUUGCCAGAGAGGGGGUGACAUUUCCAAACGGGGAGGGGUGAUGGGUUUUCAGCUCCCCCUCUGCCUUUAGAUGGAGAGGGGACCUUGGCGUUGAUGGAAGUGAUGCUGUCGGGCCACCAGCUCUAUGGUGCCAGCCUGCUGACCCCUGGCACUGGGGACUUGGUGAAUCGGCUUCCUCCGCAGGGCAAGCCUGGCAGCAGCCCCUGGGCACCACUCCGUCCCACCAGGAGAGGCAUCCAGGCCAAUGGCUGCUGCUGGAGACGAGGCCCUCUCAGCUUGGCCGAGGAUGGAGCUCGGCCCUUGGAGCUGACUCAGGAGGUAGUCUCCCUACCGGGCCGGCUUGCCAGUGGGAGGGGCGAGGAAGGUGGCGGCAUUGGUUCUGGAAGGCCAGUGCUGGCGGCUGGUUCCACAGCACAUGGAGAGGGCUGUCCCUCUCUCGGAGCUCCAACCAUUGAGGAAGCAGCGGGUGGGUCCUGUCACGGAGCUGGUCCCGACACAGAGGUAGAGGGUGGGUCCUGUCAUGGAGCUGGUCCCCACACAGAGGUAGAGGGUGGGUCCUGUCAUGGAGCUGGUCCCCCCACACAGGUAGAGGGUGGGUACUUUCACAGAGUUGAUUCUGCCGCAGAGGUCGAGGAUGGGUCCUAUGAUGGAGUUGGUCCCCCUGCAGAGGUAGAGGAUGGGUUCCAUCAUGAACCUGGCCUUGGAGCAGUGGCAGAGAAUGGACCCUCUCAUGGAGCUGGCCUUACAAUGGAGACAGAUGAAGCUGGCCAGAUAGUGGAGAAAAAGCAUGGGUCCAGUGAUGGAGCUGGUCCCGGGGUGGAGGUGGAUGAUGAGCCCUGUCACGGAGCUGGCACACCCGGUGGACUCUGUCACAGAGCAGGCCAUACAACGGAGAUAAGUUGUGAGCCCUACCAUGGAGCUGGCCGGAGGGGGGACUCACAGGAUUAUGGCAACCGUGUUGGCAAAGAUGGUGCAUUCACAGACCUGACAGAUCUCCAACAGCAGCCGUGCAUGCAUCGGGGUAUCCAAGUUGGCAAAGAGCGUGCUCCAGAAAUGACUGGCCUGUCAAAAACCAACCCAUGUGCAGCCUGGGAGCACUGGAGUCCCACUUCAGUCGUUGACUUGCGUCCUACAGGCCUGGCAACCACGACGACAGCUGCCAUGGAUGGCCAGGCCCAUUGGCUCGAUGCCAGCCCCCAGGAGAAUGAGGAGCCUGAGGAGACUGAUGAUGAGUUUGGGACAUUCGAGAAGGCGGGGAACCUGGUGCUUUGGGCCGAAUCUGCCGACACCGUGUGGCUGGAAGACGGGAGACUGCUCGACCAGAGCGGAAACAGAGCCACCAGUAACCGGGAGGCUGGCGAGGACGCGGACGACCAUCGAACGUGGAGACCUUGGCCCGAGAGCCCCAAUGAAACCGUACAGCACAGAGCAAGUCGACACGGGUCCUCUGACGGUGGAGUUGAAAGCUGGGAGAGCAGGAGCCCCCACCUCAGCACCUCCCCGACCUCCAGAGGUGGCUGGACGGCCUUCCACAGUGACAGCCGGGACGGCGGCUUCGAUGCUUUCUCACCGAAUGAGCGGGAGACGGGACAGUGUGGGGGCGGAGGGCAGUGGUGGUCCGCGGGUGCACUGGAACGUCCUGCUUUUCCAAGGGCAUCGCCUUCUGAGUCUUCAGCAGGCAGAGGUGUCCUGGAGUCCGUGUUGCACUCCUGUUUCCCCACUGUCUCCUCCGUCAGCGGCUCACGUGACACAUUCCCCACAUUGGAACGGAUUCUGGGCGGCACUGAGGAGAGGAGGGGUGAAGGACUCCUGAGCGGCCGGGCCUGUGAGCUCUGGGCUUCGCUGCGGGACAUCGACGAGGCUGUGGGUCUGAAGCACAAACGGACGGGGUGUCGGAGUCACGGGCUGCUCCUGCAGUCUCUGAGAGUGGAUCCUGCACACGUGGAUCUCCCCGCGGGCCGAACAACAACCCUGGGCUCUCCCCCUCAGUCCUCCUGGGAGCAGAGGUUGGAGUCGUUCCCUUCUCCGGUUGCCUUGGGCCGGGAUUCCAGGGAGUUAAUGUUGAUCAAGAACUCCAUCCCUCAACACCAGAUGAACGGCUGCAGCCCAAGCCAUCGUAUCCAGGCCUUCUUUUAUCACUGGACACAGGCCGAUAGAAAUGGGAGGAGCAAGACUCCAUACGACGUCAACAAGAACUUCAUGGCCUAGGGGACCGGAGGCCGCAGUGUUGGCACUGUCUGGUUCUCUGUGAACUCUUUUGCACAGACUUUUAACUGUGUCUCCAAGUUGUGACAUCCAACAUCUGGAAGGACUGUUUGCCCAUGGAAAGAGUGUAAGGCAACGUGGACAGGACUGAUGGGGUUGGGGAUUGUAGACCUUAAAAGAAUAGAGCAAAAUACUUGAAA